UCUCUCUCUCUCUCUCCCUCUCUCUCUCACUCUUUGUAUGACCCAUCCUACUCCUUGCUGUUGACUUGCCAUGAUUAGCCUCAGGAAAAGUUGCUCAAUGUUAAUGUUUGACAAGCAGGAAGAAGGGCCUUGGCUGCCAUAUAUUUCAGACUUAGACAACAAAGCCACGCUCUUUCAGUUCUCCUUCUACUUAAAGAGUUUCUUUGCUGCUUUGUGAAGGAAUUACAUAUUGAAAUCUGAGGAAAAAAGAAACUAAAGACGGACACAAUGGAGGUGCUGGUGCUGAUCGACUUCGAGGGCACCAUGGGAGACGAGAUAACAGUGAGGAUGGGGGAUGUGGUUAAAAACGUCACCAAGGCCAGUGAGGAGGGAUGGCUGGAGGGAGAGCUGAGAGGAAAGAGAGGCAUCUUCCCUGCCAACUUUGUCAAGGAGGUACCGGUCUAUUUGAUAGGUGACAGCAAGAGGGAACCACGAAGCAUUAGAAAAACAAAGAGGAUGAAACAGCCGAGGAAAUGUGAGGUAGCAUUUGCCUAUAGCCGCAUGAAUGAAGACGAGCUGGAGCUGGUUGUUGGGGAGACUAUAGAGAUCAUCAAUGAGAUUGAAGAUGGAUGGUGGAUGGGGAUAAAAAAUGGAAAAGUGGGGGCAUUUCCAUCAAAUUUUGUCAAAGAAAUCUUUGUUUCCCCAAAAGACGGCAAAUACAAUGAGGGAAAGACAAGACCCAAACUCACAGACGCUGUGUUCAAUAAAGAAAUAUCUCAAAGAGCAAGUGUGAGGAACAAAGCAAAAAAUGUGGUGGAGUGUUGCCAAGUCAUGUUUGACUAUAAGGCCAGAGCAGAGGAUGAGUUGGACAUGAAACAAGGAGACCUUGUUGUAAUACUGAGAAAGGAAACAGAAGAUGAUGGCUGGUGGGAGGGAGAAUUGAACGGACGCUGCGGCUUCUUCCCUGAUAACUUUGUCAUGGUGAUACCACCAGUGGACAAUCUGAAAUCCUGGACCACAAGCCAACCGCCUGCACGCAACAUCAACAAGAAACUCUCAGUAAAGACAGACACCUCAGCAAUGGAAAAAGGUGGUCCAACAAAGACAAAAGAUGAUAAAACAGAGGUUAAGGACUGGAGAAGCAAUCCUCCAACCAAAGUCAAGCUGCCAUCCAUGAACAAGCCCAGCCCACCUCCAGUCAAAGACAAACCUAAUAAGGUUUUACCCAAUAGAACCAAUGGUGAUGUGGCUUCUGCACCAAAACAACCAGAGGAGAAAGAAACCGACCAGUUUGAUGGAGUGGACGUUCAGACUGAAAAGCUGAGCCAUCCCACAGCUAACAGAGCCAAACCCCCACAGAGGAGACCACCGUCAGGCCUGGUCACAGCAGCACAAACCUCUGACCAGACAGAACCAGAAGUAUCACCAAAAAAGUUCCAGGCAGAGAAAUUACCUGGCUUGCAAAAGGGUACAGAAAAUCUCAUGCCAUCACCUGCAAAGCCUGAUCUUCGACCCAGGACACCACCUCCACUUCGACCAGCACCACCCAAAGUAGUUGUGGACGGCAAAACUGUAACCCAUAACGAAGAGCUGACUGUAGAAAGCCUGCAGACUGAGAUCAAAGAGCUGAGGAUGGCUCUGGAGCUGCUGCAGACACGACAUGAGCGAGACAUGCAGGAAGUGAAAGAAGAACUGAAGGAAGAGAGAAACAAACGGCUGGCACUGCAGGAAGAAGUAAACGAUCUGAAGAAGAAACAUUAAUUACAAACACACACUGUGACUGGGCUGGCUGUCUGACAUGGUCCCAUGCAGGCCCUUGAACUGCGAAUUUAAACAAGAUGAACAUUUUUUUUGACAUGGAAUCAAACUGAGGAGGGAGAAGACUAAGCAAGCUCUCCCACUGAAGACACACAAACGAGGGCUACAUUAGACACAGGAUCUAGCUAUUCCUGAGCUAGAUCAAGGAAACUGGAUCCUUCAAAAGACUUUUACAAUGAUGUACUGUUAAAGUUUUACAUAUUCUAAUGCUGGAAAUUACAAAUUUUGGUAAUCAGUUGACUAUGCUUGGUAGCAAAUUCAUGUUUUGCAUAUUUCAACUGUCACAGUUCCUGUUAUUCAUCAUAGGUUUUACUGAACUUUUAACAUUUACAUAAUUGAUGCCUCAGCUAAAUAUGUAAUAUAUAUGUUGCUGUACAUAGGAGAAAAUACUGUGAUGUCUUUUUCAGAAAACUUUAAGAUAAUUUUUAAGUCAUCUACCAGAAUAUUAAUAUCUGAAAUGCUACUGUCAAAAACUGACAUGCAGGUAAUUUUUUAUACCAGAAUGUAAUAAUGCAUUAAUCCACUGGGGGGCACUGUAUGUCUAGUAUUCUACAUAAAGAGAAGUUUUCAA